CAUUUAAUUGUACACAUCAUCAGUACGAAAAUUUCAUCAACAUUCACGAUUUUUAGGAUUUUACGUGAAUUUUAGACCACAUACUGAAGAUAAAACACACGAAAAAUGGUCCUCAUUGCAUCCGCUGUCUGCACAAAAGCAGGCAAGACAAUUGUUUCAAGACAAUUUGUUGAGAUGUCAAAAGCUCGUAUCGAAGGCCUGCUCGCUGCUUUCCCAAAGUUGAUGACUUCUGGCAAGCAACACACCUUCGUGGAAACUGAUUCCGUGCGUUACGUGUACCAACCGAUGGAAAAAUUGUACAUGUUGCUCAUCACAACGAAGGCCAGCAACAUUCUUGAGGAUUUGGAAACGUUGCGUCUCUUUUCGAAGGUCAUUCCCGAAUAUUGUCGCUCGUUGGAGGAAAAAGAAAUUGUCGAUAACGCCUUCAACUUGAUUUUCGCCUUUGACGAGAUCGUAGCGCUUGGAUAUCGCGAAUCCGUCAAUUUAUCGCAGAUCAAAACUUUUGUCGAGAUGGAUUCGCACGAAGAAAAAGUUUAUCUCGCGGUUCGUCAAACGCAAGAACGCGAAGCGAAACAACGAAUGCGCGAAAGAGCGAAAGAACUUCAACGUGCCCGCUUGGAAUCGCAAAAGAAAGGCUUGGGAAUGGGUCGAAGCAGUGGCGGAUACACGACAGGAUCAUCCGAAGGCUUUGGUAACUCGGGCGGCGGCAUGUCAAGUUCAAGCGGCAUGUCAGGCAUGUCGAUGGGCAUGGGAGAAAUCACAAAACCGGCGCCUGCGAAACCAGCUCCGUCACGAAAUGCAUUGAAACUCGGCGGAAAGAAUCGCGAUGUCGAUACUUUUGUCGAUCAACUCAAGAGCGAGGGGCAACAAGUGACGAAUUUGACGCCAGCUGCUGUCGCAUCGCAAAUUGUCAAGCCAAAAGUCGUUUCGGAUGUGCACACGGAAGCUGUUCACUUGAAAAUGGAAGACAAAUUGACUAUUCGUACGGGCAAAGAUGGGGGCGUGCAACAAUUUGAGCUUUCGGGCAUGCUUACGUUACGAAUCACGGAUGAAAAGUUUGGAAGGAUUCGUGUGCAUUUGGAAAAUGCGGAUCAGAGAGGCAUUCAGUUGCAAACGCAUCCAAAUGUCGAUAAGGAAUUGUUCAGAAAUCGCCAUCAGAUUGGCUUGAAAAAUCCCGCAAAGCCAUUCCCGUUGAACACGGAUGUUGGAGUGCUCAAAUGGCGUCUCCAGACAACAGAUGAAAGUGCAUUACCAUUGACGAUCAAUUGCUGGCCCUCUGAAAACGGCGAAGGCGGAUGCGACGUCAACAUCGAAUACGAAUUGGAACACACGAGACUCGAAUUACGUGACGUUUCGAUCUCAAUUCCUCUUCCAAUGAAUUCCACGCCAUCCGUUGCCGAAUGCGAAGGCGAUUACACGCACGACUCUCGCAAACACGUCUUGCAUUGGAAUUUGCCCGUUGUCGAUGCCUCCAACAAAGCCGGCAGCAUGGAAUUCAGCGUUCCCGCAUCCAUUCCAGCGGAUUUCUUUCCGCUCGAGGUGUCGUUUGUGUCGAAAAAUCCCUAUGCUGAUCUAAAAUUGCACGACGUUGUCAUGGUAGACGACGAAAAUUCGGUAAAAUUCUCGAGCGAGACUCUUUUGUACACGGAACGCUAUGAAAUUGUCUAAAAAAAACUAAUUUUUUGUCUGCAAUUGUAUUCUUAUCCAAUAAAAAUAUUACUUCAAGUUUA